AUGAUAGCAUCAGACUCAAGUGAUUCAUAGAGACAACUGUUGUCUUACCAAUAAUAAUAGCAAUAGCAACUAUAAUCUCAAUACAAUUCUCCUGACCUAAAUAGCUUGAGUAAGGAACAGAUUUCUCUCAGCAACUAGAACUCGUAGUCUUCUCGCAAACUAUUCAGUAGAAGUUGUUGGGAAUAGCAUCAAAUAGAUGACUUCUUUGAGAAUUUUCAUCAAUAUAUAGCAAUUAAAUUUGGUAACGCUAUGCCAUUAAAGUCAAAAUACAACUACAACUGCCAACUUUAUGAAAUUUUUGAAGCCGUAAGAAGAGAAGAAAGUGAUUAAAAGAAAAUGCUAGCUGCUUAAUAAAAAUAGAGUUUAUAGCAGAAGUCUUCAUCUAGACUCGAUACUUAAGAUGAUUAAUCUUCAAUUAUGUCUCAAUCUCCUCAGCUUUUAAGCGAAUUUAUUAACAGUAAUAAUACUAAAAACAAUGUUAACAUCUUAAAUAAUAACUUUGCUAAUUAUUUGAGAACUGAGACUGCAAAUGAGUGUGGUUAUUUUUAGAAUUAAGCUUAGCUUCAACAAUAAUAACAAUAAGUUAGAAGAAUAAGAACUUAGAGUUGUGAUACAGCAGAGGAUGCAUUUAUGUUAUUUUAGUAGCAACAACAAUUUAAACAAAGCUAGCAGCAAUUCAAGAUGCAGUAGUUGAUGAACCCAGCUAAUUCUCUGAGAGGAAGAUUUUCUAGAAAGAUUAACUUAGAGCAUUAAUAUCCUAACCUUAUUUAAGAAAAGAGAAUCCCUUUACAAAAAUAAAAUAAUAACUAAAUAAACAAUGCUUAAUAGGCUGCAUAAAAUGGCUUCUCAAGACAAAGCAGCAAUAACUCUAUAAGUAUUACCAAAGCUAAUGUUAAUCAAGUCAAUCCUUUCUUAGCAGUACAGCAAUUUAAGAAACCACGCAGUAUAACAAUUGGCUCCAGUUAGUAAAAUAAUACUCAAAUGAAUACAAUUAACAGCUAGAUUUAAAGUACUUAAAAUUAUUAUUAAAACCCCUCUCAAUUUAACUCCGUAAAUUAAGGAAACUAAAACCAAAUACCAAGCUAAAUUAACAUAGAAAUUCAACAACAAAAUAAUUUAAAUAACUUGUAGAAUAUGAAUAAUUAAAUGAAAGAUAAUUAAUAAUAGUAAUAUUAUUCAGUCAAUAGCCAAGCCAACAAAGAAAAUGUUAAUCCAAAUAUAAAUAAUAUCACCAAUAACAAUAAAAAUAGCAGUUUAUCUCAAUAAAAUAAAGAUUAUGAACUUGCUCAUGAAAACCUAAAAAAGAGAAUCGAAAAUAUCUAAGCCAAUGUUAAAGUCUCUAAAGCUGAUUUUAUGAAGCGCUUGUAUUCAAACGUUUCUUAGAAUCCUUCAUGUCAAAUAUCAAUAUAGAGUAUAGACGUUUCUUAGUUACCUAGUUCAAACCCAACAACUUAAAAUCACCACUAAAUAUAAAUUAAUUAAUAAAAAAGUCAUACCAAUUUAUAAAAAUUCAAUGAAAAUUUUAGUAUAAAUCAAAAUACUACAGAAAAUCCUAUAAGUCAUUUAUAAUUUAAUAAUUUAAUCAACGUUGGCCCUUAAAGCAGAUAGUAAUCUUAGAGCAACAGCAGCAAUGAUGAUCACUUAAAUAGAAACCACUUAAACAAUAAAUUAAGAACAUUUGCGGGUAGAAAAGCUUUGGCUGAAAAGGAAAAACAAACUACAAAUUAAAGUACCAUUUCAAAUCAUCCACUCGCAGAAUAAUUAAGAGAAAAAGUAAAGAAAUAAUGGGAGAUUAACAGAGAGAGUAUAAAUAUUCCUUAAUAGCAAACAAAAUAAAACAAUAACCCCAACAACAAUAAUGUUAAAGUAUUUAUUCCAUACUUCUAACAAAACACAAAUUAAAUCUAAUAAUUGUAGUAAUAAUAAUAACAACAAUAACAUCAAUAAUUAUUGUCAAACUAAUUUUAACAAAAUGUUCAAUACAAGCCAAUUAAAAGAAUUUAUUGA